AUGGGCAAUAGUAGGCAACAGGAUAUCUUUCACAGUUGCAAAGAGGGAGCCGGCGUGCCAGAGGUUUGGCAAGAUGAUCUAAAUGAGACUAGACCCGCGAGACAAGGCGGACACAAUAAUUAUGGCUAUCACGGCGGUAAUAUACUCGCUGGACUUUGUCGCAAUCUUGUAUCUGCUGUGGAAUAUGAAAUAUCCGCCGCUCAAGGCCAAAAGCCCGAUUAUAAUGGCGUUGUUUCUUUCCAUACUACAGUCUGGGUCUCUACUUUCAGUUUGCUAUCUAUUGCUUGUGCCUCAUUAGCCUUUGAAACUGUCGUGCAGGUGCUGAAGCCCUCUAUAACGGCCUAUUAUGUUGAUCUGCUUGAUCUCUGCAACUACCACUUGUGGCUGCAGAUAUCUAUGUACACAUUCCUGUGGAUUACCGUGCUCAUAGGGGUAUUUGUGCAAUGGAAGAUCCGCAAUAUCAAGAGCUCGUUAAACAAGAGCUGUGAGAUGUUGAUCAUGUCCAUCGUUGUGGUCAUUGUGCUUGCGUUUGGCACAGUUAUGCGCUACAUACUGCUGCAGUACCACUUCGAUUUGUGUCUGCGUCUGAUAAACACUGCGUUAAACCAUCUUGCAGCGCACUCGAUGUGGUGGUUUAUAAUGGCGGUACCCAUUUACAAGUCGCUGUUUGACCGGCAGCGUUACCUUGACAGUUGGAUCCAAAAGCUACGCGACGAUGGGGUGCACAAGGAGUACGACAUCGACUUGACUGCAGUUGCUUACAACGAUCCUACAAUUUCGACUGCAUACAACAGGAACAUCAUGUUGAUGAUAACGAGAACCAAUGGCAACAAGAAGGGCGGCGCCUUUUAUGCAAUAGACAACAACGUUUACAACAGCAAGGAUGCCAGCUUUGGAGACGGCUCACAUCCCAAUCUGUACAAGCAUGUUGACUGCACGGCAGAUACAAAUACAAGCAUUGAAUACAGACAACAAUUUGAAACCGGUAGCGGCAGAGCUGUUUGA